CACGAACUUUCCUGCACGAUAGCAUUUGUAUGCUUAGAAAUUCAAAGUCAUAUUUGAAACCCCAGAAGACAAUUGAUCAAUAUGAUACAUCAACACUUUUUAUUAUAAAAGUCAUGUUUUCUCUCCAGUAAUCUUCACCAGCCCGUCGGAAGAGCAAGUUGCUUCUUACUGUUGGGCCGCAGUAGAACAUUUCAGACAGGAAACCCUGCUCAGUCUGAAGGAACAAAAGUUAACAGUAUCACUUAGAUAAAAAAAAAACUUGAUAACGAUGGGAACAUCUUUCCAGAUACUCGCGGCUUUCUCUAUGGCCUUAUGUACAGUAUCCCUGGCAGGAGCACAAGAUUACGGCUACGGCUACAACUACAACAACGACUACGAUAACGGCUACGACAACGACUACGACAACGACUAUUGGGGGUCGUUCUUCUCGACAUCCGAACCCCAAGGCUCGGUGAACACACCAGUGUGGGGCCCAUGGUCUGGGUUCGGACCCUGCAGCGCAUCCUGUGGGGGCGGCAUCCUGUUUAGAUCUCGAACCUGCAGCACAGGAAACAACAAAGACUGUGUACAGCAAGGUUCCUUAGCCGUGGAGAGCCAGAAAUGUAAUACACAAGCCUGUCCAACAGUGAACGCACCCUCUAACAAUACACCAAGCCCAAGCAAUGGUCAGUGUGGACAAGCCAAUAACUUCCGAAUCGUCGGUGGCACCAAGUCCGCUAGCUGCGAGUACCCGUGGAUGGUGGUGGUUUACGACCAGAAGAACGGCUUCCUUUGUGGAGGGUCCAUCAUCGACGAGAGCACGAUCCUCACAGCUGGCCAUUGUGUUUCAAACCCGAACAGCCAAAGAAAGGAAGUUCCUUCAGCCCCGUCUGACAUGGUCAUCUAUUCCGGCUCUUCCAAGGUUACUUUUGACUCCCCUCCACCCCCCGGUCUCCGUACCAACAGUGCCAUCAAGAUCACCGUGCACGAGAAAUACAACGUCAACGGUGAUCUCGAAAACGACAUUGCCAUCAUCAAACUGAGCAAACCUCUGACCUUUGACCGGUGCCAGCGUCCAGUAUGUCUGGUGGAUGGCUCUAAGACACCUCAGCAAGCUUCUGGCUGCAAGACCAUGGGAUGGGGAGUCACAAGCAACGGGCGCAAUGCCGAGUCACCGGACGACAUGUUCUGGGCAGCAGUGAACAUCGCCACAGACCAGAAGUGUAGGGACGAGUAUGGCAGCGACAGCACCACUUUCUGUGCCGGGGGAAACAAUAAGGAUGCCUGUGAUGGAGACUCUGGCGGUCCUCUGGUGUGCAAGGAAGCAGAUGGGCGAUACUACCAAUACGGUAUCGUCUCUGCUGGACCUAAGAACCAAUGUGGCAUAGUCCCUGGCCUCUACACUAGAGUCAGUGCCUUCCUCUCCUGGAUUAGCAGCCAUCGCAACUAGAAUAGCACUAUUACCGCAGAUUUUUGACAUAACUAGGGCAGUAUCCCAAAUUUGUGACAUACGUAAAUAUAUACUGUCUACGAAAAAUAGCGUUGUUAAUAAACUAUUGAUUCCCAACUUUG